AUGCCAAAAGCAUUGAAAUCAGCUACAGAGAAGUUCUCCAGGAGCCAUCAGCCUGCUGCUAAAUCAGAUAGCAAUUCAGGCGGUACCAGCAAUCCACUUUUUAACACAGACAGAUUCGGUCAGCAUAUUCUCAAGAAUCCCCUAGUAGCUCAAGCUAUCGUUGAUAAAGCUUCUUUGCGAGCAACAGACAAAGUAUUCGAAAUCGGUCCAGGUACUGGAAAUUUGACUGCUAGAAUACUUGAAAAAGCAAAGUCUUGUCAAGUAAUAGAAAUGGAUCCUAGAAUGGCUGCCGAACUCAGCAAAAGAUUUCAGGGAAAACCUGAGCAGCGUAGAUUAGAAAUCGUCAUCGGUGAUUUUGUCAAGGCAGAUUUGCCUUUCUUUGACGUAGUAAUAUCCAAUUGCCCAUACUCAAUCUCUUCACACAUCGUGUUUCGUAUUCUUUCCCAUAGACCUAUCUGUAGGGUCGCGAUACUGAUGUUUCAGCGUGAAUUCGCCUUGCGAUUAUGCGCAAGACCUGGUACUGAGAUGUGGUGUCGCCUCAGUGCCAACGCCCAGUUAUAUUCAAAAAUCGAUCAUAUUAUGAAAGUCAGCAAGGGCAACUUCAGACCACCGCCACAAGUCGAAAGUAGCGUUGUACGAAUUGUCCCCUUAGAUCCCCCACCACCAGUCAAGUUUGAAGAAUUUGACGGUCUCACCAGAGUGCUUUUCACAAGAAGGAACAAGACAUGCAGAUCAAAUUUUACCGCUGCUGGAGUUUAUGAUAUGCUAGAAAGCAAUAGGAAAGCUUGGUUGACUGAGAAAAAUGAAAUGAUAGACGACUCAGAGAACAUUAAGAGCAGAGUCGAAAGGAUAUUAGUACAAACUGGCUUUGCAGAAAGCCGUGCCGCGAAAAUGGACGUUGAUGAUUUCCUUAAAUUACUUAGUGCAUUCCACGAUGAGAACAUUCACUUUGGUUAAUUAAUUUAUAAAUGAUUAGAUAGAUAUUUAAUUUUAUUCAUACACUACAAUCCUAUUCGAUUUUGUUGAGAAAACCAAAACAUUUGAAAAUUUUACUCGUCAAUGACCUUUCUAGCGCGACUUCUAGUCCUAUAAGCAGGUGAGUUAUUUGGAGAAGACUCUACUGGCUCUACUGGGGCUUUCACUGGCGCUGCUUUUGGUGAAGCUUCUUCUGUCUUCUUGUCCUUAGCUGAGUAAAUCAUAGC